UACUGUCGUCAUCACAUUGGAAACAUUCAAAACGACUUGUCAGUCAACACACAUCAAUCAAACAGCAAACAUCAGCAAUAGUAACAACAACUGAAAGUCAACAACAAUAACAGCAUCACCACCAUUGUCCAACAACAACAGCGACAGGCUUUAAAAGUUUCUAUUACACCCACCUUUCAACCCCUUUUUUCUUCCUUCCUUCCCUCUCUCUCUCGCUUACCUUUUUUUUUCUUCCUCACAACUCCACCGCCACUUUCACAGUCGCCAGCUCUGCCACCACCACCACUAUCAGUCAACGAUCGUCACUUCAUUCAGUUAAGUCUCUGUGCUAAAGCAGGUGCGUGCGUGUGUGUCGCACUGUGUCUGCUCGCGUGCGUCUAUAUAUACAUAUAUAUACACACACACACAUUCACAUGUAUGUAUAUGUAUGUUCUCCAGGAGCAGCUUCCUUUGCCAUCCUCCACUCCAUCACUGCAACAAUCCAAGUUAACUACCGGUCCUAUGGAGCCGUGGAUUCCAUGAAAAGAUUAACUUGUUCUUACUUGUGUAAUGUGUAACAUAUAAAUAAAUUCAUUCAUACAUAUUCACGCAUAUACAAGUAAACACGCAGUUGUAUUUAUAUACAUAUCUGCAAACAUACGCAUGCAGAAAAAUAUACACAUAUAGACAAAUAUAAUAUAUAUUAUAUUACUAAUAUAUUUACACUCACACACACACACACACACACAUACACACAAAUAUACUGCGCGCCCUCGGAUUUUGUUGUUUCUACCACAAGGACGCGCAUACUUCAACAAUGAGGACCACGAACUCACAGCUGUGGGCUCCUUUCGUCACUUUGGUCUUACUGACCAGCUGGUCGCUAUUAAUUAAAGGUGGACUUUGUCGGAUCCAUCACCCACACCAUCAUCCUCAUCAACAGCAUAAACAUAAUCAUAACCAGCAGCAUCAGCAGCAUCAACAUCUUCACGAUGACAACAGCAACGACGACGACGACGACAUGGAAAACAUUAACGAUGACAAUAAUAGCGACAUUGACGAUAACAAUGACAACGACAACAACAGUAACAAGAACAACAACAGCAACGACGUGGAAGAUUUUUCGUCGGAGCGCAACUUUUAUGCCCACCACGCCGACCUUCACACUGCUAUGCUGAAAGAGUCGAUGAAGAUUCUUCUGGGUCCCAGACAUCGCUACAAAGGCCCACCGCUGUCAUCGUUGUCGCUGCCAGUGUCGUCAUCUUCUUCAUCUUCUUCCUCCUCGUCGUCCUCAUCUUCGUCGUCGUCGUCUUCAUCGUCGUUCUCGGUGAAGUAUGACAGGAACAGUCGUUACUUAACGGACUCACAAGAACUGACAAGGCCUCCUCGCUAUAUGAUGGAGUUGUACGAGCGAUACAGGGAUGGUCUACUUCAAAAGGAAACCUUUGGUAAUACAGUAAGGAGCAUACACGCCAGUAUAGGUGAAGUCAAUGGAGAUGCCAUGUUCUUCUUCAACCUAUCAGCUAUUAAAAAAUCAGAAAAAGUUCUCCGAGCCGAAGUUCAUUUGUACAAGAGAAAAUCUCGCCCUUGGAUGCCCAACGGAUCAAAAUUACAAAUUCUAUUACAUGAAAUUGGUCCGAACUACAUUAGCAAGACAGGACGUGUGACUCUGCAUCGUGCCAGCCAUGGAUGGCAAUGGCGAGAUGUUACCAAUUCCGUUCUUAGUUGCCUCGCAACCUCCCGCAAAUAUCCUCAUCUAUUUGCAAUAAACUUUCAAACGAAAAAGUCAGGGGGUAAAACACGUACAGUUGCACUCAAGAAAUUUUCUAUUCAUCACUCUAGGCCCUUUCUUAUUGUUUAUUCUAACGAAACUGAAGUGGUCAAACUUGACCAGCUUGACAAAUUGGCCGAGCGCCUUAAAUUAUUCUUACCGGGUCAGAACCGAGAUAGAAGGCCUGCAAACCGUACUUCAUUGGCAACCAAGUUAGUUCCGUCUACGUCUGGUUCGGAUGACUUUUUACCGCCCUUGGAUAGAAACAAAAACAGCACUCGACUUGUACAUCAUAUCGCACACGGAAUUGGUCCUAAAAUGAGAAUAGUACUUGACGAAAUCGAUCCCUUUCACUCGGUUGAUAUAGAGAAACUAAACGAAACUUCAGAAACGCGACACAAAACAAGUGUACCAGUGAAAAAGAUUAAAGACAAGAAAGAGUUUCAACGCCGGAAAUAUGAACAAGAUUUUAUACCAAACCAAGAAUUAGUCACAGCUUCACCGUCGUCCGAAAUUAUGGAUAAUACAACGAUGGAACCCGAGUUAGAAAACACAACUUACAGUGAAACAGAGGAGAUAGAAGCAGCAUCAUUAGCGUUUUCGGAUGAUUCUAGCAUUUCGGUGGACUCCAGUCAGACAAACCGAUCGAAACGGUCAGUAUUGACUAAUGAAAUACCCCAAGAACCUGUCGACUACAGAACAGUUACGAAAUAUAACAUGCUUAAUAUUAAUCCCGGGGUAUUACAGACACGCCAACGACCAAAGCAGAAGAAGAUGUCUCGUCUCAUUCCUUACCCAAAGGAUUCACAGCAUAAAAAGAAAAGGCGCAAAAGAAAAAGGAUUCGACGAGAAAAAGCCCAACGACGCCGACUUCGCUUUCCGAAGAAUUGGAAAAACACAGACAGAAAGAAUUUCCACAAGGAAGAUAAUUUGUGUAAAAAACACAAAUUGCACGUUAAUCUGGAUGAUAUUGGAUGGAGAGAUUGGAUAAUAAGUCCUCAAUGGUUAAAUGCGCAUUACUGCGCAGGAAAUUGCCCUUUCCCAUUGGCAGAGAGUGUGUACUCCCUGGAACUUCCGCCUUGUAGCCAUUGACGUGACUCUUUGAAGACCAUGGACAUAACUUCUUCCUUCAGAC